AAAUUCUUAAGAAAAGAAAGAAAGAGAAAAAAGGAAGCUGAGUAAUGCCGUCGACAUAUUAAAAAAGAUCGAGCAAAUCGUCUCUGCACUGACUGCAAUAAAGCUCGAGAGAGCGUCGAGAAAAGGCAACAGUAAAUUUUUACUGCAAAGAAGAAUGAUGCGUCGGACUGCUAGUAUGGACCGACUUUUAUCAUCCUCAUUUUCUUUGGAAGGAUGCCAUUACGUUUUAUUGGUUCAUGGGUCACCUGUUAAAAGGACUCCAUCUUAUGUAACAAUUGAGGCAGUCCAACGAACUUCCAACAGACGGCGCUCAAGCUUUGUAGCGUCUUCACUUAAAUUCCGCCCCUAUUCCGAAGCGGAUCCAAUGCAGAACAGCGAAGUGGAACGACAGAAUACGCCACCCCUUCCUCCACCACCAGCACCUCACAUUUGUUCGCACAAUUACGAAAGCAUAGACGAACCACUGCCACCUCCUCCUCCACCAACUUCUGCUCAGGAAGUUAAACCUCAACUUCUCGUUCAACCUACUAUGCCGUCAAGUCCUCGUCUAUGUGUUACUGGCUUCCCAAGACGACGGUUAGACGCCGAAGAACCGAAGCAGAACGAGCGCAAUCAGUUGAACGAAUGUCGAGAUUACGGUGAUUAUAGAGCUACAAAUACGCCAGGCUCAACAACUGGUCAAGAUACUUCGACAUCAUCAAAUUCCUCUUUUAGAAGGAGAGCGGAUAGUUUCGGUUUAGAUAGAACACCUAUAGCAAGAACAGUUGUUUGCAGUUUGUUAUCAGCCUUAUUUGUGUCAACUCUCCUACUCUUAUGCAUGUUUGGAUGGUACGAUUACAGCUUGAGAGUUGCUGUUACAGUGUCUGCUAUGGUUCUUCUCUUCCUUUCAAUCUCAUUGUGCAUUUCGAGGAUGGUCAGAUGCGCUUUGGCCCUUAUUCUACCAAGUAUUAUAACGACAAGAGGAAGGCUUGGAUGUUUAAUUCUUCUUAGUAGUUUAUUAUUAAAAGGUCCAGCUGACAAUAUCUUUCAAAACGUUGAAGAAGUUUGUAGGAGUCUUAGUUGUUCUACUGAGCAGUCUCAUAAUCAAACGGCCAUUUUACUUCAACCAUUUGACGCUAUGAUGCAACAGCUUAACCAUACAACUAGAAAAUUACAGUACGCAGCUCUCAAUGUCAGCAAUCGUUUUCGGCCCCUUAAUCGAUCCCUUAUCGAAGCUGAUCGAUCAUUGGUUAGAAGUGAUAAGAUAAUACAUCAAUCGAACUGCCGUAAUUUGAUAAAAAAAGCCCAUGCCGAUUGUGAAAAUGGUAUACAAGAAGCUAGAUCAAGGUGCGACAAGAUAGUUGAAUCGAUAGCAGAUGUGGUAAUGACCGCUCAGAGUUUUUUCAAAAAAUUAGAAACAAACAUACCAAACGAUCAUAUAGAGAAGCGGAGGGCAGAGGAAGAGAAAUCGGCUCGACCAAAAACUAAUGAAGACCGAUCCAAGUUAAUGUGUAAGCCCCUGCAGACUGGCAGUGUUUGUUCGACUUUAGCUAAUCCGAAAAAUCUGUGCGUCGAAUCAGACAAUGCUGGAGGAGCUAUUAGAAGGGCAAUUAACGCUACUCAAUCAGCUAUGGAAAAAUUGGAAAAUUCAUUACAUUUUUCAGUAUCACCAAGUGUUAAAGGAUGGAUAGACAAAGGAGGAGGAGGAGGACGAGGAGGAUUAAAAUCAAAUCAGAAUAAGACAGUAUCAUUAUCAAUAUCCGAAAGGAUAGAAAAAAAAUUCAGAAAAAGAAUUGAAUAUGUUCAAUUAGCUAUUGAAAUUCUUCAUAAAAUGUUACCUAUUUCGCUUUUAUUAAUUGCAAACUCGGCAUUUAGACAUAUAAAAGUAACACCGGAUAAUCGUUUUUAUAUCUAAAUAAUUAAUCCUUACUUAAUCCUUAAAUAUUUUAUUAUUUGAUUACGUACACGAUAGAAGUAUUUAAAGAAAACAGCCCUCAAGUUAAGACAGAAAAAUACGAGCGUUUUAACCUUUUUGACCCUUUUUAUAUAAACAAAAUAGAGCAGUUUGGUAUCAAGCCGGUAAAGUUUUAAGAUGUAUUAUAUCAAUAAGGAAUUGUUUAAAUCUAUAUAACAAUAAGUAUUCUUAUAUCCGGUGAUACUUUUCUUAAUAAGUUCUACUUGACUGAUAUUCGCUAUGAUAAUACUUACGUAUCGAGAAGAGCUGGAAAAUUGGAUGCGAGAAGGAAAGAAGUUGGUUCUGUACCUCUACUACCUCUUCGUAGAUAUGAAAAAAGGACUGUUUCCGAUGUUUCCGGUUCCGCUGAAUUAACGGCAGCCGAAGAAAAACUCUAUUCCGUUGGACUGUGUGUUCUCCUACUCCACUUUUUGCUUGCUUUCGCUUUAUAUUCAUUUGAUUUUCUCCUUUAUUGGGUACUCAGUUUAAUUACUAAGAAUUCUAGUGGUUUAAAUCUUGAGAAUGAUCCGAUAGUUUCAUCAAGAAUAUCCUUGAGGGGAGAAGGUGCACUUUUUGAACUUCUUCAUAUAUUUAUAUCUUCAUUCAAUUUGGGUAGUAUGUCCAACUAUGCACAAGCAGUCGAUUCCCGAAAGUGCUUGCCGAAGCCCAACUCUCCUAAACUUUUAUAUUUGUUUGUUUUAUUAAUCUUGUAUAUUGUAUUGCUAGUCACCCUUCUACUCAAAGCCUAUAUAUUCCGAAUUCGGGCCAGGUUAUCUGCUUAUUUCUAUCCGGAAAGGGAAAAAGCUAGAUUAGUUCACCUAUAUUCUAAGCUUUUGAUGAGGAGAUCCAAAGCCGGGAUAAGCCUCUCAAAUAGAGUUCGAGAAGAACAAUUGAAGAGAGAUUUACAAAGAGAGGUUAGCAUCUUCAGGAGGUUAGCUUCAAUUUGCCCACCUUUGAAACCUUUAGUAUUUGGCCCAAGAAAGUGCUUGGCGUGCAACGCUCUAGAAGAGCACGGUUUUGUCGAUUGUUCAACAGCUGGUUGUUGCGGUUUCUAUUGCCCCGAUUGUUUCCUCGACCUCGGUAGAGUUUGUACUUUAUGCGAACGAUUUUUUAGAAGAAGUGGAGGAUUUGCUUGUGAAGAAGAGGAAGAAUACGAAGAUGAAUUCGGUGAAUUUGAAGAAAUCUCUUUAGCAUAUGACAAGAGAGUAUACUUGUAAAGAAGAUAAUGAAUAAGCUGCUGUUUCAAGAAAUAUCUUUCUAUUUCCAACAAUUCUACUUACUAUAAGAUAUCGACAAAAAAUUUCAGCAAUGAACAACUAUAUCAAGGAUAAAACUGGCAUUUAUUCAAGUUUUUAAAUGUAAAAUACUCUAAACUGUAUGUCUUUUUUUUUGCCAACAUAAUAUG